AUAAAGAGAGAGAGAGGGAGAGAGAGAGAAUCUUAAGCAGACUCCAUGCUCAGCGUGUAGCCUAUGUGGGACUCAAUCGCACGACUCUGGGAUCAUGACCAGAGCGAAUAUCAAAAGUCCAACAUUCAAUCAAUUGAGCCACCCAGGUGCUCUUUUUCUUUCAUUUUUUUUAGUAUCAAGGGAUUUUAUAAUAACUUUGGAGAAAUGUCAGUAAUUUAUGACUAUAAUUCUGUAAUGCCUUAUUUUAGAAUAUAAAAACUUCACUGGAUUCUAAGCUAAGCUUUUAAACUUUAAAGUUAAAUUAUACUGUUCUCUCAUGUCACAAUCCCUGACAGGAUGGUUGCACACAUGAAAUAGAAAAAGACACUUGGUCUUUCCACACAGGCAUCCAUUUUGUACCCUACAAGGGUGAGUUGGCUUGUGUAACCUGCCUAGCUGGCUUCUUAAUAGGAAGAAGCAAAGUUCCAUUUUGAAUAUAAAUGGGGAGGGGAGUCUCCCACUGAGAUGCCCCAAAGUCAGAUUUUGUGUUACUUGCUGCAUUGCUCUUAUGAGGAAUAGCUACCAGCAGCAGCAGCUCAGAAUUCUCUUUGUAAACUAUAAUAUUUUGUUUCCUCUUCUGUGGGCUACUUAGCUACAAAAAGGAAGAGUAAGAAGCUCCAGAAAAUCCUGGAAAGUACUUGGGCAUUCCCCAAGUAUUGUAAGAGAACGUCAAGCUUUCUGUAGGCUUCGAAUAAGCUUCUCUAGAAGGGCCUUCUAUAGAGUUCUGGGAGUGCCGCAGUCACUUAUGGGGGGGAGGGCCGUGCAGCUACAGAGGAGGGAUGUGUGUGAGGGGAAAUGGGGGGCCAUGCAGGAGAAGCAGCUGGAUUACCAUCCUAAUGCUGUGGCUUUUGUUUCCUGAUGUCCCAGGGCUUAGAAACCAAGAUGGCAGAGAUUCACAGCUGAGACUAGACUUAGUGGGUAAGACUGGAGGAGGGAAAAGUGCCACAGGCAACAGCAUCCUUGGAGAGAAAGUGUUUCAUUCCAGCAUUGCGGCAACAUCUGCCACCAAGACCUGUAAGAAACAGAAGAGCAGGUGGCAGGGAAGAGAAAUUGUGGUCGUGGAUACGCCUGGCAUUUUCGACACCGAGGCACAGGAUGCUGACACCUGCAAGGAGAUUGCUCACUGCAUCUUCCUGACCUCUCCAGGGCCUCAUGCUCUGCUCCUGGUGGUCCUGCUGGGCCGGUACACGCAGGAAGAGCGAAAGGCCACGGAGAAGAUCCUGCAAAUAUUUGGACUCAGAGCUAGGAGAUACAUGAUUCUCUUAUUCACCCGGAAAGAUGACUUGGAUGGCAUCAAUUUCCAUGAUUACUUACAGAAAGCACCCAAAGGUAUCCUAGAGUUGGUGGGCAAGUUUGGUGAUCGCUACUGCAUGUUCAACAAUCAGGCGACAGGAGCUGAGCAGGAGGCCCAGAGAAAUCAGCUGCUCGCCCUGGUCCAGCGCAUUGUCGCCGAGAAUGAAGGAAGAUGCUACACUAAUAAGAUGUACCAAAAGGCUGACAACGAGAUUCAGAAACAAAUGCAAGAAAUGCAAGAAUUUUACACACCAGAGCCAGAGAGAGAGAGUGCGAUAAGAAAGGAGUUUGAAGACAAGAUCAGAAAGCUGGAGGAUAAACUGGAGCAGCAGAAACAAAUGGAACAAAUGGAGAGGGAAUUGGCUGAGAAAGAGGCAUUAUAUGCCGUAAAGCUGCAAAAACACAGAGAUGAUAAUCAGUAUAAGAUAGUUGACUUGAUCAUGAAAGCUGUACAGAUGGUUUUUCCUAUCUUCUCUCACCUGUUUAUGAAAGAUUAACCUGAAUGAGAAGAUCUGAUUUGCUACACAUUUUCCGCUGGCCCUGCCAAGCCCCUCACCCCAGAACUCAUUCACCAACCUUGAAGCACUCUUGCUUCUGUCUCUCAGACUCUCAGGACGAAGGGGUAUAAUCAGAUUCACUGGUGGUGAUUGGUAG